GAUAGUAUACUCUUUAUUUAUAUUUCACAACAAAUGGUAAACAAAAGCAGUUGCUUAUUUUAUGAAAUAACUUUUGUUGUAUAAAUUUUUUAUUUUGUGUUGUUUUGCCAAAAUCAAUAUGGCUGCAAAUAAGGAAUUUGUUGUAGCUGUGCUGGAUAUACGGCCAUCGGCUAAUGAAGAUUUGAAAAUGAAAUCUGUAAAGUUGGUAGCAGAGCUUUUGAAGGAUAAGAUCUGCGGAGGUAGACAAGAUUUCGUUUCGUUUGUACUUCUGGGCACCGAAAAGACUUCUAAUGAUGUUAAUGAACAUGUUUUUCCAGACAGUUAUAAUAAUAUAACACAAUACGAAAACCCGCAAUGUCCGACUUGGCAUAUGCUUUUAAAUUUCUACAAAUUUGUAAAUGAAGAGGCUUGCGAUGAAGGCGAGUGGCUAGAAGCUUUGGUGGUUGCAAUGGAAGUCAUAAAGCGUGGUGAAGAAUGUUUCAAGUUCCAGAGAUCACGUAUUUUGUUCUUUUAUGAUUUCAACAACGUGCGUAAUUCAUAUGAUAUGUUCGACGUUAUUGUACAAAAUGUUGCAAAAACUGAGGUUGAGCUGGUUGUAAUUUCCCAAAAUAUACAAUACGUUGACAAUCCUAUAAGCGAUUUACCAAAAGUGGUGUUUCGGGAAGGUAAUAAAGGCAAGCAUCAGCUGAAAAGCGAGGAUUUUGCUUUACAACUUAUUACCAAUUGCAGUGCAAAACUUUAUAAUUUUGAAGAAGCUAAAAGGUGUAUUUUCAAAAUCAUUAAUAAGCGCCCAUGGGUUUGGAAUAGUAAUUUAACUAUCGGCUCUGAAAUCAACAUUCGUAUAUCAGGAGUAAUUUACAUGAAAGAUGAGAGCAAUGUUAAAUUGAAAAAAUGCUGGUGUGAGAAUCAAGAUUUGGUUCAACGAGAAAUAAAAUAUUUUCUACGUGGCUCAGAAAUUGACCCGAGUGAGACAGAUCUUAUUGAAGGCUAUAUGCUGGGCUCCACACCAAUACCAUACGAUGAAUCAUUAAAAAAUGUUAAGGAACGUUACGAACCAGGCUUGAAAUUUGUUGGAUUUAUGAAACGCAAUUCCAUUCCUGAAGAGUAUUUUUGUGGUGAUUCGUUAUAUUGGAUUGUGCAUCAAAAAGGCAUGAAUGUGUCAGCGCAAAAAUUAGAUGCAUUGGUGCGCGCUAUGACUAACACAAAUAUGGCAAUGCUCUGCUGCAAGGUAUUUAGCGCAAAAUUCAAUAAUCCCAAGAUGGUAGUCUUAUUACCAAAUCAGCUGCAUCCAGAUAGCCCUGCCUCACUGACAAUGGUCGAAAUUGCAUAUCAUUCACAGUAUCAUUACUUCCAAUUUCCACGUCUGCGUACACCAAAAACGGAUUGCUCUAAAGACCAAAUUGACGCUAUUGAUGAUCUGAUUGAUUCCAUGGAUUUAUCAAUAAAUCAGAAGGAAUCUGAUGCUGCACGUGAUACGUACCUACCGGAUCUCUUACCCUUCGAGUCUUUGCCGCACAUAUAUGAACAGAAUCUAAUGGACGUUUUGGAAACAAAAAUUAUAUUAAAUGCAAGCGAAGACGAUGAGCAGUUCGCUGAUAUGUUAGAUGGUAAAAAUUUUGUAGAAAUAUUCUGGAAAGUACCAGAAUUACGAGAAAAGCACGCAAAGCGUGCAGCAAAGGUGAUCAAAUCAUUAUUUCCCUUAGAAGAAAACAAAGUAGUAGAAAAACCAAGCGAUGCAAGUAAAGUCAAAUCUGAGUAUAGCGAUAGUACCACAAAAUCUUCUUCUACCACCAAUGACUCUGCAUUGAGCAUUGAGAGAGUAAGUGUGGAGACACCUGCUGAUGAUUUUCGUCAACUUGUGCAACACAAUGUUCUGACUAUAGCCAAUCGCACGGAGCGUGAUGCGAAAUUUCAAAUUUAUGCAGAACAGAUGCGUAAUGUUAUUUCCGAAUUAUUGUUUGAAUCCAAGGAGAGCUUGAACUAUAAAAAAUUAGAAGAAGCACUAUCCAUUUACCGUAAGCAGUGCUAUGAUUUUAGCUCAUUUAAUGACUACAACAAAUGGAUUAAGGAAGUUAAGAGAAGAGUUAUUCAAAAUCAACGUCAACAUUUUUGGGUAAAUGUAGUUGUCGAAAAGGAUUUGGGACUUUGUUUUGUUAGUACUGAAUCGUCGGAGACUAAGCAAGCCUUGAGCAGUUUUUAUGAAUUAGCCAGUGAAGAUAUGGAGUAAAGUUGCAAAAUUUAUAUGUAAACACGCCUAUAUUUAUAUAUUUUUGCUAUUAAAAUCGAAUUUUAUUUGUAAAAGAAAGGAAGCUUACGCUCUUUUGAGUAUACUGAAGCCGGAAAGGCUCAGACGUUAAACUGUUUUGUAUUCUGUUUUGAUUUAACUAGUUAUAAGUAGUCGAGGUCUGUCGUUCGUAUAACGGCCUAUUUGUAUUGCUUUGGUUACACUCUUGUAUUGCAGAAAACCCCAUAAGUAUUUCAGAAAAUAAAAAAAAAAAUG